AUGACGCACGUGGCUGGGGCAGAAUUCUAUGAGUUAUUAGCGGUGGAGAGCGUGGAUGGACAGCCGGCUGGGCCUGAGGAGAUGGUGUUCCCAGCUGAUAUACCGCCACAAGUAACGGAGGUUUUGAAGGCCAAUAGAACAUGUUCAAUAUGCCGUACGACUGUUGAGUACUUGGGACAUUUGAUUGUGGCCGGCCAUCUGAAGGCGGACCCUGCCAAGAUCGACGCAAUGGUCGCCUGGCCAACUCCGUCAAACUCUAAGCAGCUAUGGGGAUUUCUCGGUCUCACAGGCUACUAUCGUCGAUUCAUAGCCCACUAUGCGCAUAUUGCGGCUCCUCUAACGGACUUGCUUAAAAAGAAUUCAUUCCUUUGGUUCCCGGCGGCGGAUACUAGCUAUGCAAAUUUGAAGAAAGCUAUGACAGAGGCCCCAGUUUUGCGCCUCUCGGAUUUUAUGCGGGCGUUUUACAUGGAGACAGAUGCCUCUGACUUUGGAAUUGGUGUUGUUUUACUCCAGGACGGUCACCCGUUGGCCUUCUUCAGUAAAAAGUUGGGUCCCCUACGUAGGAGUGCUUCUACAUACCAUAAGGAGCCUACGCCAUAG